ACUUUAAAAAAAAAACAUCACAACGUAUUGAUCACUAAUCAGCGACUACGAUAGUUGAUAAUAAAUUGAAAGUGAAAAUUAUGUGAUAUUCCGGCUGUGCCUACGCCUUUGAGUUGAACAAUCUAAACCAAACGUUAACUUGAAAGAGUUGUAAACACAGCAAAGGAUUAUCUGCUCGUUGCCUAGAUGCAGAAUUAAGAUAAAGUAAAGUACUUAAUUCUAUCAAAAUGGACAUCGAACAGUUAGUAUAUGAAACACUAUUGCAAGCCAGUAGUCAGCAUCCUGAUAUGUUAAAACCAGCUGAACAGAAACUCAAAGAAUGGGAAGUAGAACCUGGAUUUUACUCAGUAUUAUUUAGGAUAUUUUCAAAUCAAUCAUUAGAUAUAAAUGUUCGUUGGAUGUCCAUUCUGUGUUUUAAGCAAGGUGUUGAAAAAUAUUGGAGGAAAAACGUCUCUAGUGGUAUUUCAGAAGAUGAAAAAGUGACUUUGAGAAAAAUGUUACUUUCAAAUUUAUCUGAACCUGUUCCACGAUUGGCAACUCAAGUUAGCGUAAUCAUCGGCAGAGUUGCUAGAUUAGAUUGGCCAUAUGAUUGGAACAAUUUAAUGCCAGAAUUAAUGGAGCGUAUUAAAUACGAUCCUCAAAAUCGUGCAUUAUUAUCCAUGCACCAUGUUGUAAAGUCUCUGUCAGGGAAAAGGCUUUACGAUAGUAUACGAUUAUUUCAAGAUGCUUCCAGUCAACUCUUUCCAAAUUUUUACAACCAUUGGGAACAACGAACUGAUGCUUUUAUAAAAGAAAUGGAACAAGGAAAUGCAACACCGGAAGUUGCAAAACUUUUAGAAGAUGCAUUUUAUACCCAAAAAAUACUGUCAAAUUUUGUUUUGUAUGGAUUUAAAUCACCUUAUCCGGACGAAGUCAAACAAUUUAUUAUAAGCGUAUUUAAUAAAGUGCGACCAAUUGUUGCUUGUCGUCCUUAUUAUCCUGAUUUAGUUGAAAAAUUUGUAUGUCGAAUGUUUAAAAUGCUGAUGACAAUUAUCGAAGACCACCCAGCUGAUUAUUUAGAUUUUAUUCAACCCACUGUAGAACUUGCUUACUUCUAUGGAUUCACUGUGGAUGGGAAUGCUGUAGUGUUUGAAAGAUUCUUAAUACAAUUAUUUAAUCUGACAAAACUGAUACUCAUUUGUCCUCAGUAUAAACUACCUCGUACUAAUGGUCCAGUUUGUCAAAUUGAUGAAACUUCAAGAAGAGUAUCAACAGCAGCUGUACAGCAAAAAUCAUUAGUAUUCAAAUCAGAUAGAUUAAUGAUUAUGUGCCAACAACUGAUUUACAAAUAUUUUUUACUUACUCCGUCAGAAUUAGAAAUCUGGGAUAGUGAUCCAGAAAUGUUUGCGACAGAUGAAGUCGGAGAGUAUUGGAAAUACAAUCUUAAAGCGUGUACUGAAUCACUUUUUAUGUCACUAUUCCAUGAGUUUAGAGAACUAUUGACACCUCGACUGGCAGCAACCAUAGAAUCAAAUAGAGAGUUGGUUGAUCCAACUAAUUUAGAAGCUGUGUUAAAAAAGGAUGCUAUUUAUAAUGCAUUUGGAUUAACAGCAUUUGAAAUGUUUGAUAUUAUAAAUUUUGAUGAUUGGUUUAAUACGACAUUACGUCAAGAAUUAAUGGAAACUCGAGGUCAUUCACGUGUCCUCAAAAGACGUGUUGCUUGGCUGAUUGGACAAUGGCUUACUGUUAGAUUAAACCCUGAGUACAGGCCAGAACUUUACAAUAUACUCAUUGGAUUGUUGAAUCCUGAGCAAGAUAUGGCUGUUCGCUUAGCAGCUACGUCUACACUACGUUGCGCCAUUGAUGACUUUGAUUUUAGUUCUGAACAUUUUAUAGAAUAUUUAGAACCAAUGGCCUUUUCUCUUUACAAGCUGUUAGUCAGUGUACGAGAAUGUGAUACAAAAUUGAACGUGUUGCACGUUAUGUCGUUUAUGGUGGAACGUUUAGGUCCAAUGGUAGAGCCAUACUUUGAUUCUUUACUUCAGUAUUUGCCUAAACUAUGGACUGAUUCUGAUGACCAUCACAUGCUUCGCUGUGCAAUUAUAUCUACUUUGACGCAAAUUGUUCGAGCAAUUCGAACUAAAAGUGCUGAGCUUACUCCUUUUUUAGUUCCUAUCAUUCGAUACAGUGUAGAUAUCAAAGAAAAGGCGUACAUCUAUUUACAAGAGGAUGGUCUUGAACUUCUUCUUUCUUAUAUAGAAUCGUGUACUACGUAUAACGAUGAAAUGCUUAGUUUAAUUAAUUAUCUUCUUCCGCUAUUAGAUUACUCUACCGAACAUUUAAAGACCGGUUUGAUGAUUCUCGAAGCAUACGUAUUAAUUGCACCAGAAAGAGUCAUGACGGAGUACGGAGCUCAAAUAUUCAGCUUAACUACUACUUUAAUGAACGAUUUAAAAGAUGAAGGCACCGUAUGUAUUUUAUCGCUAUAUGAAACAAUUGUAAAAGUCAAUCUGCCACAAACAACUGAGCUGAUGAUGGUUGUACUUGGACAAAAUUUAAAAUCUUUGUGUUCCGGUGAAAUUGGUCUCACGGUCAAUAGUUGUCGAUUAUCAUUAAUUUCUAGAGUAAUAUUAAAUGAUCCAGCCAUUUUUAUACAAGUUGUAGAGCAUCUGUGUGUACAUGAAAAUGGUAAUUUAUUACAAUUUGACAAGGUACUUAAACGUAUAAUUGAGGUAUGGUUAGAACGAAUGAAUCAAAUAGUGCAAAACGAUAGAAGAAAACUGUUAGGUCUUGCACUUGCAUCUCUUUUAACAAGUCAAAAAAAACCUAUUUUAGAAUUGUUCAAAGAAAUAAUCACCAUUUGUGUCGAGACUUUAAACGAUAUUAUGAGAAAGACUGAUGAUGGGAUAUACACAGAUUCCAUGUUGAUGACUGACGAUUGUUCCAAUGUUAGUUCUCGAGCCAACUCAGAAUGUGAAUAUCAGUACGAGACUGAACAUAAUGAAAGGCAAAGAUGUCUCUCACUCAAAGAUCCCGUACACUGUAUUCCAUUCCAUAAAUACUUGCAGUCUCAAUUGCUUGCUUUACAAAAUCAAAUUGGAGAACAGCAGUUUCAACACGUACUCAUUUCUAGGGUCGACAGUGACAUAUUAGAGCAAUUGUAUGUCUACAUGUAAUAGUGCCUCCUGUGACAACCAAAAUCACCAUUACCCUUUUAUUAUAUUUAAUUUUAAAUUUAUAUUAUGUUUUUGCUGUAACAUAACUAUAAUAAAGUGUAGACUAAUUAAUUUUAGUAUAUUAUUAAUGUUAUUAUUCACUAAUACUACUCUAUCUUAUCUCAAUGUUGUAUGUGUUAGUCUCGUUUAUUAUCUUAAAAUGUUCCAACUCAAGUGUUUUUUUUUUAAAUCUUAUUUUGCAUGCUUGAAAAGUAACUAAUUGAUUUGCCAUUAAUAGUUCAAAUAACAUACUAGUCAAGAAUGAAUAGUAUUAAUACUGAUUUAUAUAUUAUUAAUAUUAUUAUUAAUGGCAAAACUGUUUUCAAUAUUUAUAAUUUUGCAUCUGUAAAUUUAAUAAUAACAGCACUUGUACACUAAUAUGAUACUUAAGAGAAUUUAACAUUAUACAUUAUUCUUAAAUACGGCGAAGUUACAAAACAUAGUUUUGGUUUAUUUUAUUUGUAAUUGAUUGUGUUGUUAACAUAAGUGAUAGUAGUAGAGACAAUUUGCACUACAGAUAUUGGUCGAUAGUAUGAUAAAUACAAUUUCUUCCUAAUUUUAAUUAACGUUUAUCGUUCAAUUCUUUUUUGUUUUAUGUUAUAAAUACAAUGUGGUUUAUUAAUA